AUGGCGGAAAAGAGGCUCUACGAUGCAGCAGUGAAAGGAGACGUAAAAUCUUUGCUCGAUUUACUCAAAGAAGAUCCAUUGAUUCUUGAUAGAGUUUCGUUUACGUGUUCCAACAAGACUCCUUUACACAUAGCAACAAUAUGCCAACACACAGCCUUCGUCCAAGAAGUUGUCCAAAGGAAUCCUCUACUUGCUGCAGAACUAGACUCCCAACAACUAUCAUCUCUUCACAUAGCAUCAGCUAAAGGCUAUGCCGAAAUUGUAAAAGCAAUAGUAUCUGCUGCACCUGAUAUGACUAAACAUUUUGAGACAGUCCAGUAUUUAAUGGGAAGUACUCGCAUAGAUGUGAAUGCAAAAAAUGCAAAUGGCUACACAGCAUUGGACAUUUUGGACCUAACUCCUACAUAUUGGAGGGAUGCUAAUAAUUAUUUGUCCAUUAAGAACUGUCUUCAGCCUUGGGCCAGCAACUCCAACAAUACUCAAACUCAGCCAAUAAAAUGGUUAGCCAAGAAGCGCGAUGCCAUAAUGGUGGUGGCAAUUCUGAUUGCUACAAUGGCUUUCCAAGCCGGGGUGACCCCUCCGGGUGGUGUCUGGGAAGGCGAUGCAACAGAUCCCCACAAACCUGGAGAAGCUGUAAUGGCGCAUCUUCAUCCUGUAGAUGAUGCAAUCAACCACAUUUGUAUGGAGCGGAAUCCUUGUUUUGAUAAGCGGUUUACAGUAACUUCGACUGCAGUUACUUAUGCAGUGUCCCUUGUUGUGUUUACUCCAAAAAAGGACAGAAAAUCUUUAAGCCGUGUAAUUGAGAUUGGACUUAGUGUGAUGGAAAUUCUUGUUAUUGGGAACUGA